AUGAAAGAAAGACAAAGAUCAGAAAGGUUUAAGAAGGAAAAAGAAAAAGUAGGGUUACAAAAAGGUGAAGAGCCAACAGACCUAGAAUGGCUCCUAAACUUUGUGGAAUAUGAUGAGUACAAGGAGCGUUGGGAAGAAAAUAUAAAUGACAAAAGUAAUGAUGAACAUAGUGGCAGUAUGAAUGAAGAAUUAGAUUACAAAGAGUUACAGCUAGAAAUAACUAGUGAAUCAGAUCAAGAGUAUACCUGA